UCAUCAAAAGGAAUAUUGACAUUUAUAUUUAUUCACAUGGUUCCAAAACAAAGCUGUUUCUCUACUGUAGACUACCUAGACAUAGUUAGUUGAUAAACAAGAUGGUAUUAGCAGACUUAGGAAGGAAGAUCACCACGGCACUGAGGUCACUCAGCAAUGCCACCAUCAUCAAUGAAGAGGUCCUACUGGCUAUGCUGAAAGAGAUAUGUAAGGCUCUGCUAGAGGCUGACGUCAAUAUUAAACUGGUGAAGAGGCUGCAGGAAAAUGUCAAGUCAGCUGUCAACUUUGAGGACAUGGCUGCCGGUAUCAACCGUCGACGACUCAUUCAGUCGACAGUGUUUAACGAGCUGUGCAGACUAGUCGACCCCGGAGUGCCAGCUUGGACCCCCACAAAGGGCAAGAACAAUAUUAUCAUGUUUGUCGGCCUCCAGGGGAGUGGAAAAACCACCACCUGCACCAAGCUUGCCUCCUACUACCAGAAGAAAGGAUGGAAGACUUGCCUGAUAUGUGCCGACACAUUCAGAGCAGGUGCCUUUGAUCAGCUGAAACAGAAUGCCACUAAGGCCCGCAUCCCAUUCUACGGUAGCUACACUGAAAUGGACCCGGUCAUCAUAGCGCAGGAGGGGGUGGACAAGUUCAAAGAGGACAACUUUGAGAUCAUCAUCGUCGACACCAGUGGUCGGCAUAAGCAAGAAGACUCUCUGUUUGAAGAGAUGUUGCAAGUCUCUCAAGCAGUUGAGCCACACAACAUUGUGUUUGUGAUGGAUGCCACGAUAGGACAGGCGUGUGAGGCCCAGGCCCAAGCGUUCAAGGACAAGGUGGAUGUGGCCUCCGUCAUUGUUACCAAGCUGGACGGACAUGCCAAGGGGGGAGGGGCACUCAGCGCUGUUGCGGCCACCAAGAGUCCAGUGACGUUCAUUGGUACUGGGGAGCACAUCGAUGAUCUGGAGCCAUUUAAAACUAAGCCAUUUGUCAGCAAGCUACUAGGUAUGGGGGACAUUGAGGGUUUGAUGGACAAGGUGAGUGAGCUAAAGCUGGACGAUAACCAAGAGCUACUCGACAAACUCAAACACGGUCAGUUUACUCUGAGGGACAUGUACGAACAGUUCCAGAACAUUAUGAAGAUGGGUCCUAUCAACCAGAUUGUUGGCAUGAUCCCCGGGUUCAGUCAGGACUUUAUGUCCUCGGGCAAUGAGAGAGAGUCAGUGGCAAGACUCAAGAGACUCCUCACCAUGAUGGACUCAAUGAAUGACAAGGAGCUGGACCACCCUCAGGGAGCCAAGGUGUUUCGUCAACCUGGUCGCAUUGCUAGAGUGGCGAGAGGGUCUGGUACUAGUCAGAGGGAGGUGCAGGAACUCAUUAGUCAGUACACCAAGUUUGCCGCUAUGGUCAAGAAGAUGGGCGGGAUAAAGGGACUCUUUAAAGGUGGAGACAUGACAAAGAACGUGAACCCGUCUCAGAUGGCCAAGCUCAACAGUCAAGUGGCCAAGAUGAUUGACCCUCGUGUCCUGCAGCAGAUGGGUGGUAUGGGUGGUCUACAGAACAUGAUGCGACAGAUGCAACAAGGUGGAGGAAUGGGCGGGGCUAUGGGAGGGUUCCCUGGUGGGAGGUAGCAAACGCUAACAUUACUGAUACUCACAAACUUUCUCAUUCUCACUUUCUUGCAGUAUUGUUGAUAAAUCUUACUGUUGUAGUUUGUCAGCCAGAGUUUUAUGUCAUGGUGAAGUUUGUGCCAUAAAAAUUGAUCAGAAUGGCACGAUUUGCUGUCUGGUAUACAUCAUAGCUAUAACUUUAAA